CAAUGUUAUACAUUUGUGACUUUAUUUCAGUUAACAUUCUUUAAAUUUGUCUUUUUUUAAUAACUUUACAGAUAUGGGAAAGCCUAAAAAGAAAAGUGACUUGAGUCGGGCAGAGUUGAUGAUGAUGACAAUAGCAGAUGUCAUCAAGCAACUAGUGGAAGCACAUGAAGAGGGGAAAGACAUCAACCUCAACAAAGUGAAGACAAAGACGUCUGCGAAAUACGGCCUGUCGGCACAGCCACGCUUGGUGGACAUUAUUGCCGCUGUGCCACCUCAGUACCGACGAGCCCUGGUGCCCAAGCUGAAAGCCAAGCCCAUCCGCACUGCCAGCGGGAUUGCUGUUGUUGCUGUCAUGUGCAAGCCCCAUCGAUGCCCACACAUUAGUUUCACUGGGAACAUCUGCGUUUAUUGUCCAGGUGGUCCUGACUCUGAUUUUGAAUAUUCUACACAGUCUUACACAGGCUAUGAGCCUACGUCAAUGAGGGCCAUCAGAGCACGCUAUGAUCCUUACCUCCAGACUCGACACAGGGUGGAACAGCUGAAGCAGCUGGGACACAGCGUGGAUAAAGUAGAGUUCAUUGUGAUGGGCGGAACCUUCAUGGCUCUACCUGAAGAGUACAGAGACUACUUCAUCCGGAACCUUCACGAUGCGUUGUCGGGACACACCUCCAAUAACGUGGGAGAAGCUGUCAGGUACUCAGAACGCAGUAACACUAAAUGUGUGGGCAUCACCAUCGAGACCAGACCGGAUUACUGCUUAAAGCGCCACCUCAGCGACAUGCUGGCGUAUGGCUGCACUCGUCUGGAGAUCGGAGUGCAGAGUGUGUACGAGGACGUGGCCCGCGACACCAACAGGGGACACACGGUGCGAGCUGUGUGUGAGUCCUUCCAUCUGGCCAAAGAUGCCGGCUUCAAAGUGGUAGCUCACAUGAUGCCUGAUCUGCCCAACGUGGGAAUGGAGAGAGACAUAGAGCAGUUUAUAGAGUUUUUUGAGAAUCCUGCGUUCCGGCCAGAUGGGCUGAAGCUCUACCCCACUCUGGUGAUCCGAGGCACAGGCCUAUAUGAACUGUGGAAGACGGGUCGGUACAAGAGCUACUCCCCCAGCGCCCUGGUGGAUCUGGUGGCCCGUAUAUUGGCCCUGGUUCCUCCCUGGACUCGUGUUUACCGUGUUCAGAGGGAUAUCCCCAUGCCGCUGGUGAGCUCCGGAGUGGAGCAUGGCAACCUGAGAGAGCUGGCGUUGGCCAGGAUGAAGGACAUGGGAACUGAGUGUCGGGAUGUGAGAACUAGAGAAGUUGGCAUCCAGGAGAUCCAUCACAAAGUGCGACCAUACCAGGUUGAGCUGAUCCGUAGGGACUAUGUGGCCAAUGGGGGCUGGGAGACCUUCCUGUCUUAUGAGGACCCGGAGCAGGACAUUUUGAUUGGUCUGCUCCGACUCCGCCGUUGUUCACCGGAGUCUUUCCGACCGGAGCUGAAGGGAGGCGUGUCCAUCGUACGUGAGCUCCAUGUCUACGGCAGCGUGGUUCCAGUCAGCAGCCGAGACCCCAGCAAGUUCCAGCACCAGGGCUUUGGAAUGAUGUUGAUGGAGGAGGCAGAGAGGAUAGCCAGAGAUGAGCAUGGCUCAGGCAAACUGGCCGUUAUCUCAGGUGUGGGAACGAGAAAUUACUACAGAAAAAUGGGCUACGAACUGGAAGGGCCGUAUAUGGUGAAACGCCUUGAAUGACUGCGUUAGAUGACUUCUCUGGAAACGGAGUCCGGGAAAAGGAAGAACUAAUGUCCUCUGUUAUACAUAGUGCACCAUAAAGACAUGUUCAUUCACCUGUAAAUAAAGGUGAUGAGGGUUUUUUGCUUAUAGACAGGUACAGAUCAUUUUUUCCGUAAACACAACACCGUAGAGGCAUUGCCGAAUAAUACAGGACUUUAAAAGGACAUUUACAUUCUACAUACCAAUAUAAAGAGCUGGCAUGAAGAUUGGGUUUCUGGGAUGGACAACAUACAGUGUAAGGAAACAGUCCCCCCCCCCCCUCAACCUGCCCAGUUUCGCUCAUUUCCCAGGGAAGAGUGAAAUGAUUCUUCAGGAGAGUGCUCUGAGAAGCCGUCGUCUUUGAAUUGAGCCGCAAACAACUAGCAGAAAUAAUUUAAUUUAAAUAUAUGUUUUUGUUAUGAGCGUGGAAAGCCUGGGGCCCUCGUUUUCAAAGUGUAGAACGAGGUGAGGGAGGUACAAUGGUUAUAUAACCAGCAUCUGAAAUCCUGGUUAAUCCUACGUGUUUUCCAGUUACACGGCUCUUUGUGAGUUUAGAAGAUGGAUUAAUUGCUUUUUUUUAAUGCUUCAUAUUUGGCAG